UGCAAUUCUUUGACGUCGUCACAGUAGCGAACCUCUAGUUUCAAUUUCAAAUUUUCCACAUUUACAUACGACUUCCCACUCACUUGCCGACAGCUUAAACGAACGUUCCUCACUCUAUACAAAUCGCCGUUCUAAUAAGCUUCACAACUCUGAAAAUUUUGAAUGGAGUGUGUCGGUAGUAAAUUUUUAUAGUGCUUCUCCGUUGCGUUUGUGCAGGCCGCACAGAACUGACUUAUAGCCGUCAUCUCCAUAACGGGUCAUGGCUCAACCGCCACCCCAUGCGAUUUAUACAAUGGACAACACCGGAAAGCGUCGCGAUGGCACAUUCCCGAUACCACCACAGUCGCCUCUGCCACAAUCUCGUGAGCUCGGUCUCGUAAUUCCCGAGCCCGAGCCCACAGCGACAACAUCGUCGCCAUUUUCCAGAUCUUGGCCACAUUUGGUCGCCGGAGGGUACGUCAUGAUUCCUCUUCCUCGUUUAUAGAGCUCUUUAAAGCUGGAAAAUACCCUCCAAAAUAAAUGCGUACAAGGCUUUCGCUAAGGCUCUCUAUUCUCGCAGUAUCGGAGGCAUGACAGCAGCUGUGCUAACAGCACCUCUCGAUGUUCUCAAAACCCGACUUCAGUCCGACUUCUAUCAAGCCCAGCUCCGGGCAGCGCGAGAAGCAACAGGCCAGGCGCGCCUCGGUCCAUUGCAAUCGGCCAAAUAUCACUUACAAGAAACGUUCCAGAUCUUGCGCGACGUGCACAGGCUGGAAGGAUGGCGAGCGCUAUUCAAGGGUCUAGGGCCGAACCUGGUCGGAGUCGUGCCGGCGCGAAGCAUCAACUUUUACGUGUACCCCACGAGCAAGAGGGCCUACUCGCAGUGGUUAGGUGUAUCCCCGGAGAAUCCGAUUGUGCAUCUAGGUAGUGCGGUGACAGCAGGGAUCGCAACAGGAACUGCGACGAACCCUAUAUGGCUGGUGAAGACGCGAUUACAGCUUGACAAGAAUAACGCCGAGCGCAAGGGCGACAUAGGUGCGCGACGGUACCGCAACAGCUGGGACUGCAUCCGGCAGGUGAUGCGGGACGAGGGUCCGCGGGGUUUCUUCAAAGGUCUGAGCGCAAGUUAUCUUGGCAUCACCGAAAGCACGCUGCAGUGGAUGAUGUACGAAGAGAUCAAACGCAAAUUAAGAGUACGGGAACAACGGAUCGUGCAAAGUGGCAAAGAAAAGACCUGGUGGGAUCGUACGGUCGACUGGACAGGGAAUUUCAUGGGUGCCGGUGCGGCUAAAGGUAUAGCGUCCAUACUGACGUAUCCGCAUGAGGUCGCGCGAACUCGACUCAGACAAGCACCAAUGGCAGAUGGCAGACCCAAGUAUACGGGGCUCGUACAAUGCUUCAAGCUUGUCUGGAAGGAGGAGGGCGUCAUCGGGCUAUACGGUGGUCUAACGCCUCAUCUAAUGCGUACAAUCCCCUCGGCCGCAAUUAUGUUCGGCAUGUACGAGGUCAUCAUCAAGUUCCUCGGCGCGAAGAGCUAGAUGACAAUACCUCUGUCGUUAACCCACGUAUUAACACCCCCCUAGACAACUUCAAUCCUACCGACGCCCACAAAUGCAACGGUACACGUCUAUGACGGCUUUGUAAUAACAUUAACUUCGGGUAUGAGGCAAGAGGAAAAGGCAAUGCUGGAUGACUGAUGAUGCUUCGGGCUUGGACUGGAUAUCCAAGGAACUGCAGGCACCGAAUGAAGCCAUUCUAGACAACCAUCUCGUCUAUAUCUCUAUCCGCGCACAUGCAUGGACAUUGUGCAGACGCUUCUUCACUAUUACUGUAUAUCAAACGGAAACAUGUCAUAGAAAAAGGCUGGGUCACGAUAGAAUUACGAAGGCAAAAACACGGCAGGGUCUUCGUUAGCCUGCUAUGUCCAAGCAAGCUAGACCGGCGGGUAGCUAUGAUCUAUACGUGUACAGAGCGGUAUGUAGCAUGAUUGGCGUUGAGGAGAGCAAAAGAGGGAUACAUGAUGUUAAAUAAGGCGAAGGAAGGAUAAGAUAAAAUAAAAACGAUCCACUCUCAGGUUAUGACCACAUGUAUUGAAGAUGAAUGUAGUUAUAUGGCAUAAGGGAGAACUAAUGAGCAUAUGUAUAGGUAUGUAGAGGAUUUAAGUGUGCCAAGUCAGAUCAGGUAUGUUCCGUCUCUACGGAAUUAUAUGAACCAUACGUGGGCACGUAGCCCAAUUAUACACAAGUGCAC